AUACUGUUGCAUAAAUUAAUGUUAGACCGGUGUGUGGGAAACAUAUUUUAUUGUAUCCCGCCUGAGGACUUUUAGCCUAGAAUAAUAUGUAUUAAAACCUCUUGGAUACCGCCGAGUUAUGUCAGAUACAAGUGUUUUCUGGUUUGACCUUUGUGGCGGGAACAGAAAAGUCACAAACCAUAACUUUAAGGCCCUGAAUAAGUGAAUGGGUUGUGGAGUAAAAGAAAAAGACAUAGUUCCAGAUCAAUUGUAUUAUUAUUAUUUUUUAAAGAAGGGAGAAUGAGAAAUAGAGAGCGAAUAAUAAAAUAGGCGAAGGACCAAUGGAAGAAUGGAAGGGGGAACUACUCUUCAAUCUAGACUACGGCUACGUACAUGUAUGGAAAAUCGAAAGAAAAGUGAAAGUAGCAAACACACCGACAUGAGUAUUAUAUCAUGAAUGAGAAUGAGAAAUAUUCUUUACUCCACUCUGCUGCUGACCAUAGUCUAUAGCCACUGACUAUCCCACGCCAACGUCGUACCGUUGAAAAAGGACAAAAUAUUGCCAGUGAUCUUGUGCUGAAGAAAAGGCUGAGACAGCAGCAUGCAGACAGACAGCCACCAUGCAAUGCCCCUUAGAGAUGCUGGAGAUCUCUGUGCUGAGACGGAUGGCAAGGAGUGCAUUCAGGACAACAUUAUGGAUGAUGAUUCGGUGGACGAUCAAACUUCUACCUCCCUGUUUGAUAUUUUUUCUCCUCCAAGUAGUAUCAACCCAUCAUUUUCAUCCAUUUUGGAUGAUAUUGAUCUGGAUCUUGAGUGUGAGGAGGAUGAAGAUGUGUACCAAGACAGCAUUAACAACUUCAUGCUGGAUGCUAUUGGUGAAAAAAGCGGACAGGAAAAAGGAACAGGCAAUAUUCAACCUGUUAAUGAAAAAGAACAAGACAGUACUCUACUACAACCUGAAAAUGGAAUGCAUGAGCAAGACCAGUUGGAUAGACUUUCGGAUGGAGCUGUACAGUUUCGAAUUUCAGUGCCGAUUAUAGAAAUGAAAGACAAAAUGAUUAUGAAAUGUUAUUUAGAAAAAUUGAAUGGUCUUUCUCAAGAACAAGCUCAGAUUUCUCAGACUCAGAGGUGUAAUACAUCUGAAGUCAACAAAGAAACGUGUAAUGAAACAGGGAUAUCUUCCUCUAUAGAAACAGAAGAAGUCAGGAUUCUUUGUCACAAAUGUCAGGUUCCCUUUUCUAGCCUCCAAGCGUUGUUUUCCCAUAACCAGGAUAAGCAUAUUGUUAAGAAGGAGUCAAGUGAGUUUGUGUGCCCAAUGUGUCGGGAAAUUUGUAAAUCUUCUGUUGCUAUGGCAAAGCACUGUAGGCUUCAUUGUUUUCCCCCCCCUAGAGAGCCUGAUGUGCCUGAGAAACGCUUUGAAUGGCAUUUUUGUGAAGUUUGCCCUUAUAAAGCAAAGACAAAGGCUCUUUUAACCCUUCAUGUAAAAACAAAACAUAACCCAGACAGAAAGAUUUAUGUCUGUGAUAUUUGUAAGUUUUCCUGCUUACAAGAAAGAACAUACGUGAUUCAUAAACGAAGGCACGAGGGGGAGGGAAAGUUUGCUUGUGAUCAGUGCGGAAAAUUGUUUAUGUCUAUGAGUAUUUUGAAAAGACAUGUAAUCACUCACAACAAGUCAAAACCCUACAUUUGUCCUAUACCAGAGUGUGGGAAAGCAUUCACUAUCAAAAGCAGACUUGGAGAUCAUUUGAGAACUGUCAGGCACAGAAAUAACUUUAAAGAUUCGAAAGCAGCAGUGAGUUUACCACUCUCACUGGAGUCAAAAAUGACAGAUGAUUUAAGUUUAACAAAGUGGAAUUUAUCCCAGCGAGACACGGGUACUGACUUGUCAAAAGGUGAACCGUACGAAAUAUGUGUUUAUGACAUCGUUCUGCCUGAGAAUGAGACUCUUGAGAGAAAAGAGGAAACCGUGGUGACUGCUCCUGGGCCAGGCAUAAGUGAGGUCACCACUUGGCGAAGUUCUUUGUGUUCCCCCAAAGAAAUUACUACAGGUACCGUUCAUGAAAAAUCGGAAAAUAAAACCCCCCCUGACAAUUGCAAUUCCAAAAAGAGAACACCAGGGAUUCCCCAGAAUUCUGUACUUCAUUAUAAUCCAUCUGUUCCACCUUCCAAAGUUUCCCAGAGUGUAAAGAAAAAGCGCUUUGCUUGUACAUGGGAAGGCUGUGAGAAGGUGUUUCGGGAUAAUUAUAAUCUGAGUGUGCAUUUGUGCACCCACACAGGGGAGAUGCAGAGAGCAUGUCCUCAGUGUCGAUAUAGAUGUGUCCAGAAGUCAGCAAUGGAUGCUCAUUUGAAAACACAUCAGAAACGACAACAGGAAAGAUGAGAAAUGAUAAAUGAAUUUUGAACAAAUUGGUUUGAUGAUGCAAUACUACUAAAUACUAGUAAAGUUUCGAUUUGAAAAAGUUUGUUGAGUUGAAGAAGCGACAUUGCAGCAGAGGUGGUUAUGCUGUGUCAGGAAAAAGUAAGAUGCUUUGUACAUGUUAUAUGUUAGUGUGAGUAUAAUGUAGAGGAGUCUUGCUUCUGAAAUCUGCUGGAUCGCCGAAUUUACUUGGGUUUAGCCAUGUUUUCUGUUGAGAGAGGGUUGCUCAAAUAGUGAUGAUUGUCAGAAAUGUAGAGUUGGGAAUACCAUGCUUGCGGCUAAUCCGCUAAUUUCUCUGUUUGAAAGUUUUUCCUUCUCAUCUACCUAUUUUAGGUUUAGUUUUAGUAAGGGUUCUAUUGCCCUUGCAGCACAAAGAGGUCAUAUUAGAGGUGCUACUAGAGAUGAGCAUCCAAAGAAAGGGAGGAGAGAUAAUAGAUAAGGACAAUCGAAGGCAGUAGCAAAUCGCACCAAAGUACUCUUAAAUGAACCAUGUUAGAAACGGCAAUUUGAGCAUUGUGAUUUUUCUUUGACAUUGUCAAAUUGCUUACUUUGUCGAACAGUCACUCAAAAACAGAUGAAAAAGUAAAUCAGUAUACUGCUCGGUGCUCUGUGUUAGUGUAGUGACAUGAGAAAACCCAUUGCUUUUGAAAGCGGCAUCAUGACGUGCUCAUAUGUGGGGUCUGUGUGAACUAAUUUCGCAGAGGCAAUAGGCCACAGCCAAGAAGAGGUUGCAUGACUGAUUUACAUUUUUGCUAUCCUUGCUUCACUGGGCCUAUACUCAGGAUGCAGGCCCAUUGAUGUGUGUGAUAAAUGUAGACAAAGAGUACACUUGCGAUGCUUUUCUCUUGCUAGCAACCAACAUUUGUGCAUUCUUGUCUCUUUUUGCUGUUUUGCUUUCAUGAACCAUAUAAGACUUUGCACAGUGAUCAUUUUGUUUUCUCUCUCUCUCUUUUCUGGCAUUGUGGUGUCAUAAGCGGCUGACAGCACACAGAAACUGAACAUUCGCUUGUGUCCUUGAAAAGUGCUGAACGUGGGUCAGUCACUGAAAUGUCCCAGCAGAUGUGUUCUGGCACAAUAGUUGGCGGGACAUUUCAGGAACAAGUGGUCCAUAGUCUCGUCCUCCUCCCUGCAGGCUCGAUUGGAUCCUUUUGUUGACAUAACCCUCAAAAUUCUAUUAUAAUUGGUUUAGAAUUAGGAUAAUACACGUAUUUGGCUUAUCUAAUUUUCUUACAAAGACAAAGAAAAAUCAGGAAUUUUCUUUUCUUUUGGUUUAUACAGUGGAAUCCUGU